AUGUCGCGUCCCGCGGGUUACAAGGGUUCGGGUCAGCUUCACGAAAGAAAGCAUUCGCCAGUAGCCUCGUCGUCCCCGUCCCCGUUCGUCCCAAACAGCAGUGGUAGCAACCCUCGCAACUUACCUUCCUCCAAUCUUAGUAACCCACGCAGCGUUUUACAGACUCACCACGCCUAUUACUCCUCGUCGCCACCCGAUCACGACGACUCUGACGACGCUCGCGAAACGUCGGGUGCGAGAGCGUUCGGUUUCGCUUCGGGUGCCGUUUUGUCGUCGCGCGCGCGCGCGACAGUCGCAGCAGUAGCAGGGCAUCUGCAGCGCGUGCGGGCGACCGUCGCCGUGGACGCGAUAACAGUCCUAACAGCGGGCCUAGUGGCACUGGCGCUAUGGGCGGCACUGUGGUUGCAAGACGAAGUGCAGUUGCUAGCAGCACCGCAGGGCACAUGCCCCUCGCUCCCGGAUUUUCCCCCAGAGGAAGCUGAUGUUUUAGGGAGGGUUCCGCAGUAUGGGAAGUUUGACCUAAGCGCGCCUAUGGUGGGGAAAUAUCUAAAGCUUAUACAUAAGUACCUGGAGCCCUGGCAACCUAUACCGGGGAUUGAGUCUGGUUUGGGCCAUACCGGCUUCGUCACUCCCGAGGCUCUCUACCGCUUGGCUCGGCAGCCGUCUGUCAUGUCAUGUUCCGGCCAUGUUAAGGUGAUCAACGGAAAGGUGUUCUUCCGGUACGGUGGCUUCUGGCAUGUCUACUACCGCCUCAACCGCUUUCUACAAACAGUCAAGAUGAUUCAGGAUGCAAUCGACGUGUACGGCUUGACAGAUCUACGGUUAGAGAUGAUAGUCAACACGUGCGACCACCCGCAGUCGUUCUACAGCAGCCACUGGGCUGACCGUGCUGGUUACCCUGUCAUGAGCAUGGGGUUCACGGUAGACACCAUGGACAUACCCAUCCCUGACCCGCUCGACCUGACAGAGGAUUACACUCCUGAUCUGAGCACCCAGGUCCCUUGGGAAAGGAAAGAAGCGCGAGCAGUGUUCCGCGGAAAGACCACCAACUUUGACAUGCUGGACGGCAACUGGGGCGCCAACCCGCGCGUGCGGCUGCACCGGCUGUCAGAUGUGCACUCGGCGCUGAUGGAGGCUCACAUCAACGCGUGGAGCCACGCCAAGCCUGCGGUGAUCAAAGCGAUGGCGGAAGAUGGGCUGUUGCUGGCGAAACGCAUGAACUUCACUCAAUUCAACGCGUUCAAGUACCAGGUGAUUGUUGAUGGGGGAGGUGGCAGCUGCAGGACGUGCGGAGUUCUGCGAUCCAAUCAGCUGAGCAUCCGCCAGGAGACUCCCUUGUUUCAGUUCUAUGAGCCGCUGCUAGAGGAUGGGGUGCACUGGCUGGUUACCACCCGCACAUUCUCCGAUCUCCCUGCUAAGAUACGCUGGGCCCAAGAGAACGACGACGCAGCACAGCGGCUGGUGCAUGCAGCGAACCACAUGGCGCAGUAUGCCUGCACGUGGAGUGGCAGGCGGCUGUACUGGGCGCUGCUGCUCGUCAAGUACCAUGACGUCUUGCAGGACCCGUCGGCCAUCACUGAGCCUACUGCCAACGAGAUGUGCACCAAGCAGCCCCUUCUACAGCCCCCACCCAACGCCACCAACCCUGCUCUCGUGCACUGUGCCGACCCCGACGCUCCCAAGCACCAGCCUGACUGCGCAUUCUUCUGUGCCAAGGCCACCAUUCCCGACUCGGGGCUCAUCUGGCUGCGAGCAGACGUGCUGAGAGGGCUCAAGAAGAUUGGCCCACCGUGA